AUGGUGUCAAAGGCUCACUUGCUUGGCCCUGAUUGCGAGGCAGCCUACAAAGAAGACCUGCUCUACAUGGCCGGGUUAAAGGAGCAGAUCACCUUGGGAGGCUUUAAGCUCUUCAUUACUGGCCUCAAUGGUAAUGUCAACUUCAAGACCCUGGUGGUGAAUGCAAUGCUGGCUAUGGAGAAGCUGAGGCUCUUCCUGCCGGCACUGCUGACACCAUCGGAGACUCAGGCACGUUCAAGGAGGAGGGACUGUGCCUUCCCAGCAAUCAUGCCUUCAAACAUCAGCCUGAGUCCUGCGGCAGAGAGUCUCCUCCAUGGCCAAGCAUUUGUGCACAAGUCUGCUUUCUUCAGCGCAGCGCACAUCUUCUUUGCGGACCAUGCAGAGAGGAAAGGGAGAGUGGAGCUUCGCCUUGCAGAGGUCACCAACCGGGAGCUGAAGGAGCGGCAUGCAGCAGGAGAGCGGUGCUUUCUAAGGGCAGUGCCGGCGACGGAACCAGCACGAUUCAAGUGGCUGGCUGCUGGCCCAAAGACGGCUGGACUUGCGCACAAGCUGCAACAGCAAUGCAAGCUUCAGUGGGCGUCCAUGACUAGCGCCGACUGGUCGGAUCUGGAGGGGCAACAUACCUUGCGAGUAUCGGUCAAGAAGCCGAGUCAGAUUGCGAAUGCCCUGGCAGAACUCCUUCCCUGCCUUACUCCCUCUCCCCAGAGUCACAGUGCCUAG